UGAUUGCAGAUUGGUUCCCGCUAUUCUGACUUAAUGCAGGAUGGAAGUGCAGCUUGCCGAAGGCUCUUAGCAAGAGAAAUCUAUGACAUCUACUUGUGGGCGGGACUUCAACGCGCGCGCCCUGAAACUUCUCUUUUAUGACCGCCAGCGAUUGGUUUGUGAAGGAGCGAAGGGUGGAGCUAAGCGGGACGGGGGCGGUGAUCCGGUUCGAGGGCGGAUAUAAGAGCCGCUUUUCGCGCGCCAUCGCCACUUUUUUCAGUGUGAGUUGAUAGGGGGGUGAUUUUCCAGGCAGUAACGUAACGCUUAUUUCAUUGCGGAGAUGUUCGAGGCGAGGCUCAUCCAAGGUUCUGUCCUGAAGAAGGUACUGGAAGCUCUCAAAGACCUCAUCACAGAAGCCUGCUGGGACUUAGGCUCCAGCGGCAUCAGCCUGCAGAGCAUGGAUUCCUCGCACGUCUCGCUGGUGCAGUUAACGCUGCGCUCGGAGGGCUUCGACACCUACCGCUGUGAUCGGAAUAUUGCUAUGGGGGUCAACCUCGUCAGUAUGUCCAAAAUUCUGAAGUGUGCAGGUAAUGAUGACCUGAUCACUCUGAGAGCAGAAGAUAAUGCAGAUACGCUAGUUCUGGUUUUUGAGACACCAAAUCAGGAGAAAGUUUCAGAUUAUGAAAUGAAAUUAAUGGAUUUGGAUGUUGAACAGCUUGGAAUUCCUGAGCAAGAAUACAGCUGUGUGGUGAAAAUGCCCUCUGCUGAGUUUGCACGUAUCUGCAGAGAUCUUAGUCACAUUGGAGAAGCUGUCAUAAUCUCUUGUGCAAAGGGUGGUGUUAAAUUCUCUGCUACUGGAGAGCUAGGAAGUGGAAACAUCAAACUAUCACAAACUAGUGAUGUGGAUAAAGAGGAGGAAGCUGUUGCAAUAGAGAUGAAUGAGCCAGUCCAGCUGACUUUUGCAUUGAAGUACUUGAACUUUUUUACCAAAGCCACACCACUGUCUCCUACUGUAACACUCAGUAUGUCUGCAGAUGUUCCGCUAGUUGUGGAGUACAAGAUAGCAGACAUGGGACACUUGAAAUACUAUUUAGCUCCAAAGAUUGAAGACCAAGAAGAAUCCUAAGAACUGGGGAAAAGGAACUUGUGAGAAGUGAUCUGUGCUAGAAACCAGCAGCCGUUCAGUUUUUUUCAGUCUUGAUGCAUUGAGUUAUCAGAUAUGUGUCUUAGACACCAUUGUAGAUAUUUCUGUGUAAAUAUUUCUUCCACUUGUUAUGCAAAUACCAUUUCUAAAAUCUUAUCGCCUUCCUUUUUUCUACCUAGCUUAUAUUCAAUUUUUUAAAUCCUGUUUUUAUUACUACACUUUUACUAUGUUUCACAGGAAUGGUGAUGCAAUAUUUAAAACAUGCAUGGCAGUCUCUUUAAAGUGAGAUGUUGAUGACUCCCAAAAUAAUAAUGUUAAGGUAAAUCUGUUUUUAAUGUUUUGUUUGGAAACUGGAGAUCUCUGACAAAUGAACACAUGUCAAUAAAGAAUAAAUAUUCAAUUUCUUA